AGAGAGAGAGAGAGAGAGAGAGAGAGAGAGAGAGAGAGAGAGAGAGAGAGAGAGAGAGAGAAGGCGGGGGACGAUCGCAGGAGAGAGGGAGGAGUAUGGCGGUGGACUUGGCAGCACUUCAGGAGGCAGUAGGAGGGGCAUUAGGAGGUUUGGUGAGCACAACGGUGCUUUAUCCUUUGGACACGUGUAAGACUAUAUUUCAGGCAGAAGCUGAGACGGGCGAUCGUCGCAAGUACAAGUCCACGUGGGACGUGUUUCGACAAUUUUUAGAGAGGCGCGAUCUGGCCUGUUUUUAUCGGGGUUUGUGGACGAAGAAUGUGCAGAGCGUCAUCUCCCAGUUCUUGUACUUUUACAGCUAUAACUAUUUCAAGCGAGCGUACUUGCGCAGAAACAAGGAGCCAACACUGGGACCAGGGGCCAAUCUUGUCGUGGCUGCGGCUGCGGGAGUUUGCACGGUGAUAGUUACCCAGCCAUUGGACACAGCAGCAGCACGGUUGCAAACUAGCCAGUCAAGCAGAAGGACAGGUAUCAAGGCUGCCUUGUGGGAGCAGAGCUGGAAAGAAGCAUACGAUGGCCUCACUGCUUCACUGCUCCUGGUGUCUAAUCCUGCAGUGCAGCGGCAGAAGCGCUGGGAAGACAAUUUGCGGAGGGCAUCAAGCGUGGCUGGAAACAGACAAAUGAAACUGCCACCUGUUGCUCUUUCAGCUUUUGCAGCAUUUUUGAUUGGCGCACUAUCGAAGACUGCAGCCACGGUGGUGACAUAUCCUAUGAUCAGGGUCAAGCUUGUGUUGCAGACGCAUGGAAAGAAGGACUGUGAUUCUGAAGACAGGAGAGAACGUCAAGCGAAGAACGUGAAGACAUUGAGGGAUGCGUUUCACCUUAUUCUAGACAAAGAAGGCGUGUUUGGCUUUUUCAAGGGUUUACAAGCCCAGGUCUUGAAAACGGUCCUCCAAGCCGCUUUGAUGAUGAUGAUAAAGGAGAAGAUCUCUCAAGGGACCUCAGUUCUUCUUCUUCUACUCCAGCGAAGCCUGAGAACAGGAAGGAGGGUCAACGGCAAUGUCGCGGUUCCUGAUUUGAAGAAGGAGACGGUUUCUUCGUCAGCUGCAUUCCACCAGAGGGUAGCUGUGAGUGUCAAAAUGAUACCAAAAGGUCCGAAACGCAUCACACAAGGGAGUGUGAGAAGUGAGGAGCCACAGACGAUUGCAAUCCAAUAGUAACUGCCGGCGAAAGAAGAAAUAAAUCCUGCCACUCAGACCAAGAGCAUCGAAAAUACAAAGAGAGAAUAGGGUGGAAAAGAAUAUAAGGCACUGCUACUAAGCUCUGUAUUCUUCCUGUCAAGAUCGAAGAGAUCAAGUUGUUGCCCGAGGAGCAACGAGAACUACUCUGUGUGCCGUAACGAAGGCACCACAGCAGUGUGCAAUUCAGUUUGGCUUUCUGCCAACAAUCUUCGCGACAUCCGUUAAAAGGAUUGGAACGAUACAGAGAAAGAAGAUUAGCAUGGCCCCUCCCUGCGCAAGGAUGACAUGCAUAAAUCGAGAAAUGAAACGGCUACGGGCGU